AAAAGUACCGCAGCCAUGGCCAGCACAGCGGUGAUGACCCCGGCUAAGAGCCGUUCUGUCUUCUCAACCCGUACCGCCGGCGGUCGGAUGCCUUUGACUCCCUCCCCUCGUCCUUCUCGUACCCAAACUCCAGAUGGCCAGGCUCGCGAGUCUAUCCACGGCGGCAACUUCAUGUCUCGUCUCCAACGCUCCGUCUCCAAGACUACCCGGGAUUCUCCCAAGUCAAAUAUCGCCCGCACAAGCACUCCUCGCCGAUUGGAACUUGGUGUGUCCGAGUGGACCUUGACAGGAACGGGAAACACCACCAACGUCAAGACCCCUGCCAAAGCAAAGAAGGAGACCACAGUUCGUGCUCGGCCAACCAAGACCAGGAUCGCAUACAACUCUGCAGACCGAUUCAUUCCCAACCGGACAGCAAGUGAUGCCAUCUGCAACGCAGGUGCAGGCAAGGUUGAUCUUGACCAGCGACCCAAAUCCAGCUCCACCGGAGAAGGCUCAACAGUCCUGGCAAAUGCUGCGAGUGCGUUCGAUAUCGGUGGUCGUGGCUCAGACGACGAUGCUGGCCUCUCCCUGGAAGGCCUUACUCUUGAGGAUGACGAUGAAGACCGAUCAAGCACUAAGCCUGCCCCCGAUGCAGUUGCAUACCAAUCAUCACUAGCUUCCGCAUGUGGUGUGAACCUCAACACUCGUAUCCUCGCGUUCAAGCCGGCUCCUCCAGAGUCAUCCAAGCCUAUCGAUUUGAGGUCACAAUACAACCGCCCUCUUAAGUCCGCCAGCAGUGUCAACGCCCAGAGCCGUCGUCGUAUCCCGUCAGCACCUGAGCGUGUCCUCGAUGCUCCUGGACUUGUCGAUGACUAUUACCUGAACCUCCUUGAUUGGUCGUCGGGCAAUCAGGUUGCCAUUGGCCUCGAGCGCUCCGUUUAUGUGUGGUCUGCCGAGUCCGGUUCCGUUUCAUCUCUUCUCGAAUGUGCUGAUGAUACUUACAUUUCUUCCGUCAAGUGGUCUGGCGAUGGAGCCUAUGUCGGUGUUGGCCUUGGUACGGGCGAGGUUCAGAUCUGGGACGUCGAAGAAGGCACUAAGCUACGAAGCAUGUUCGGCCACGAGACCCGCGUUGGUGUCAUGGGCUGGAACAAGCACAUUCUCUCGACCGGCGCCCGCUCCGGACUUGUCUACAAUCACGAUGUUCGCAUCGCUCAGCACAAGGUCGCGGAGUUGGUCUCGCACACUGGUGAGGUCUGCGGUCUUGAGUGGCGCGCCGAUGGUGCCCAGCUUGCUACCGGUGCCAAUGACAACAUGGUCUCGAUCUGGGACGCUCGUUCCCUUGCCGCCCCCAAGUUCACCAAGACCAACCACCGUGCGGCCGUCAAGGCUGUAUCUUGGUGCCCUUGGCAAUCUAACCUUUUGGCUACCGGUGGUGGCUCAAACGAUCGUCAAAUCUACUUCUGGAACACUACCACCGGGGCUCGCAUCAACCACAUCCCCACCGACUCCCAAGUUACCAGCUUGCGCUGGAGCACUCACUUCAAGGAGCUCGUCAGCACUGGCGGUUUCCCCGACAACUCUCUCAGCAUCUGGAGCUACCCAUCCGGUGUCAAGAACAUGGAGGUCCCCGCCCAUGAGUCGCGUGUACUUCAUAGCUGCUUGAGCCCUGAUGGUCAAAUGCUGGCUACUGCUGCUGCUGACGAGUCACUCAAGUUCUGGAAGAUCUUCGAGAAGAAGCCUGGCCAACCCUCGAUUGCUGCUGCCGGUGCCGCCUCUGUCAAAGGUGGUGUUGUAAAGCAGAUGACUAUCCGCUAA